UGGCGAGGCCCUGAGCUGGAAGGAUCCUACUUGGCGAACUGGCAUGUCCAUCAGUGCAGCCUUGUCCCCGCCCUUCCCCGGGAGUUAGUUAUCAAGUUGGGUUGGCUGGGCGGUGUAGUGGCGUGAGCUUGUAUUACAAGCAGAUCUCUUCUCCCUGUGUGAAACAGCAUUUUGGUGACCACAGACAGCGUUUGACUUCAUAUUGUGUAUAAAUCAGCCUUGGUGGCAAAGAUGGAUAUGAAGAAAAGAAUUCAUUUAGAGCUACGGAAUAGGACGCCUUCAGAUGUGAAAGAACUUGUUCUCGACAACUGUCGUUCAAAUGAAGGCAAAAUUGAGGGGCUCUCAGAUGAGUUUGAAGAAUUGGAAUUCCUUAGCACGAUCAACGUAGGCUUAUUGUCAGUCGCGAACCUACCAAAGUUAAACAAGCUAAAGAAGCUUGAGCUAAGCGAUAACAGAAUCUCAGGCGGGCUAGAAGUGUUGGCAGAAAAAUGUCCGAACCUCACACAUCUCAACCUCAGCGGCAACAAAAUCAAAGAUCUCAGUACAAUAGAACCUCUGAAAAAGUUGGAUAACCUGCGGAGUCUAGACCUUUUCAAUUGCGAGGUAACAAACUUAAACGAUUACAGAGAAAAUGUUUUCAAGUUUCUCCCACAACUGACGUACCUAGAUGGAUACGAUCGUGAAGACAAAGAAGCACCAGACUCGGACACUGAAGCAUAUGUAGAGGGGCUAGACGAUGACGACGAGGAGGAAGAUGAAGUUGACGAAGAGGAGGAAUAUGAUGCUGUUCAGUGUGAAGAAGAUGAAGAUGAUGAAGGGGAGGAGGAAGAGGAAGAUGAAGAUGAAGAGGAGGAAGAUGGGGAAGAGGAAGAAGAAGCCCUCAGUGUAGAGGAAGAGGAGGAUGAGGAAGAGGAUUUCAAUGACGGCGAACUAGAGGAAGAGGAGGAGGAGGAUGAACAAUCAGGAGUCAAAGGACAGAAGAGGAAACGAGAUCCUGAAGAUGAAGGCGAGGAAGAUGAUUAAAUAAAUUUCAGAUGUUAACCUACUGUGAUUGUUUUUACCUGUUUUCUCUCCCCCCUGCCCCAAAUUCCGCACCCCCCCCUCCCCCCCCAUGUUGCUAUGGGAACGAUGAGUUGGAAGAAAGCUCCCGUUACUGCUGCUCUGAGAUGUUCGAUUUUGUUGGGUUUUUUUUUUCUGUUGUGAAUUUGGAUGAGUUACAAAAUGGGUAGGGCCCAAAACUCUGUAAUAUCAUCUCCUUUUUAAAAAGAAAAAUAUAGUGGGUGGCUGGAGCAGCUAUGAUAAAUCAUAUCCCAAAUCAUUUCCACAGCAACAUAUACCAAAUAGCAUAUUCUAAAGAAAACAAAAAGAGGGUGUGCUUGUAUUGUGCAGAAAAUGGCUGCCAGUUUUGGAAACUGAAGCUGGUUUUUUUUAAUUCCCCUUCUCACACCCUGCCCCCCGCCCCCCCCACCCGGCUUUCGUAGGCGUGAGUAAAGUUUUCUGUAAAUAGUGACCAAAACUCACUCGUUCUUUUCCACCAUUUCCCUCACCCGCCCCCAUUCAUAGCCCAAAUUCUGAAAAUGGCACCCAUUUGAGUCAUAGUCCUAAUCGAUGAUUGAUAGUGUAAUACACAGUUGUAAUAAAAAAAAAAAUUAAGUUUCAACUCUGUUUCCCGGCACCCGUGUACUACUUUUUGGUCUGUAAAAUAUAAUCUGAAUACCAUAGAGGGGAAGAAAUACCUGCAUUUAUUUCCCCCUUGUGCUGUACACUUUGAUGAAUUUUUUUACAAGCCUCAUUAUGCAGAAGAAUAAAUAUAGCAUGUAGUGUUGAAUGGGCAUGUUUUCAUACAUUCGAGGGCAUCAUACUAAUGCAGAAUUGUAUUUUCUUAUCUUGGUGAAGUCAGUAAAAUUGACUUGGGGUGGGAAAAAAAUGCCUAGUGAAUGUACAGAGUUUUACUUUCAUAUCCGGGGUGACUGUAUUCCUAGUUGAUAUUUCAUCUGUACAAAAGAUCACCGCAGUUUUUUCUCAGCAAAGCCAAACCUUUAGUUUUGUGUCUGUUUUUUGUCAUUCAACAGUUUCAAUAAAUCCUUUUUUUUUAUA